AUGGCAGCUUUACCAUCUGCGAUGUGGCGCUCAAUCGCCACAAUCUCCUCCACAGCUAUCAAAGCUCCGGCCCGUCAAAACAUCUCCAAGGCCUUCCAAAGAGCAUCUCUCCCCGCAACCAGCCGAGGAAUCACUUCCCUAUCGUCGAGACGCGGUAACAUUGCGCUCACGAGUGAAUUGAGCCGCAAGAACCAAAGCCAGGACUCAUCACGUCUGUUUGGUCAAAUCCGAUGGAGCAGCGAUGAACCUGGAAGCUUGCGGCAGUGGGGAUUUGAAGAUAUAAAUACUGCUCUUCCUAGCACCAAUGUCUCUUCCCCCACCCACACCCCCAUCCUAAUCGACGUUCGUGAACCCGCUGAGCUAAACGCUACCGGAAUCAUCCCUACGGCUAUCUGUAUCCCGCUCGCGUCUCAGCCCGAUGCGCUCUACCUUACUGCUGAUGAAUUCGAGACCCGCUUUGGGUUCCCCAAGCCGUCUGUGAGCGAUGAUCAAAAGAUGGUGUUUUACUGCAAGGCUGGUGUAAGGGCUCGGGCUGCUGCGCAGUUGGCCGUGCAGGCGGGGUACGAUCCCGAGUCUAUUGGAGUUUAUGAUGGUAGUUGGUUAGAUUGGAAGGAUAAGGGUGGAAAAGUAGAGGUCUGGGAGGGCGGUGAUUUUUGA